GGGGGCUGUUGCUUUUAACCCGGAGGGCAAUUGCCCCUCCAAUGGGCUAUAUUUAAAGGCAUCUCCCGUCUAGAUGUAGCCUUUCACCUCGCAUACUAUUGCACAUCAUCAACAGUCUUUCAUUGAUCAAACAUGGCUGCCAGUCCGAUUCAAGGUGGACUCUUCGUCCACAACAAUACCGUUGCUCCUGAGCACCCCAGCUUGAUGAGCAUGUUCUCCCUCAAGGGCAAGACUGCUAUCGUGACGGGUGCUGGGGCCGGUAUUGGACUCGCCGUCGCUCACGGCCUGGCCGAAGCUGGUGCCAACGUUGCUCUGUGGUACAAUUCCAACGCAAAGGCUGCCGAGCGCGCGGAGGAGAUUGCCCAGAAAUACGGUGUCCAAGCCAAGGCCUACCAGGUCCAGGUCACCGAUCCCAAGGCCGUCCAAGAGGCCACCGAUACCGUGGUCAAGGAUUUCAAUGGCCGCUUGGAUGUUUUCAUUGCCAACGCCGGUAUCCCCUGGACCCAGGGUCCUAUGGUGGAUGGACCCAUUGAGCACUACCGCGACGUCGUGAACAUUGACUUGGACGGCACAUUCUACUGCGCCAGGGCUGCCGCUUCUCACUGGCGCCGUCAGAAGGAUGAAGGCACUGACAUUAACGGCAACAAGCUUACUAACUUCACCUACGGCAGCUUCGUUGCUACUGCUUCCAUGAGCGGUCACAUUGUCAAUUUCCCCCAGAUGCAGGCUGCUUAUAAUGCUGCUAAGAGUGGUGUAGUUCACCUCUGCAAGUCCCUCUCUGUUGAAUGGGUGCGCUUCGCCCGCGCCAACACCGUCUCCCCCGGUUACAUCGCCACGGAAAUCUCCAACUUUGUGCCUGAGGAGACUAAGAAUAUCUGGCGGGACAAGAUUCCUAUGGGCCGCGAGGGUGAGGCUCACGAGCUGAAGGGUGCUUACCUAUACCUGGCCUCGGAUGCGUCCACCUAUACCACCGGCGCAGAUCUGAUCGUUGAUGGCGGCUACUGCGCGCCAUAGAAAGUGCAUUGGGAUUUUGUUAUUAUUUUGAAUUGAGCGUGUCUUUUCCACUUACAGAAUUGCGAUUGAUGUGUACACGGGACAAAAUAUUGGACUGAUAAAAAAUAAUUGGAUUGAAUCGUGGCAUAUGCAGUUGACCGGCUCAUAGAUCUACAGCUUCUGCUAGAUCAUUCUGCAAUCCUCAAGCCAGUUUCCUGUUUUCCACGUACAAUCAUUCAAUAACACCUGACUGAUCAACAAGGAAGGAGAUACUCCUAUCCAUUGUCCACACAAAUAAGGUGCGACCAUCCCGAUUUCCGAGCUAAUAGUACCCCAUGUACCCAGACCUCCGGACCCCGGGG